GGCUGAGUUGGAGCAGAGAAGUUUGAGUAAGAGAUAAGGGCGAGGCGAGUGCCCGAGCCGCCAGCGCCCAGUCCGGCAGCGCCGCGCCGCCGCACCGCACCGUUCCCGCACCGCGCCGUUCCCGCACAGCGCGGCCGGACCCCGCCGCGCCUCUGGCGCUGCGCCCCGCACCGCGCCUCACCGCGCGCCCCUUUCUCUCUCCGCAGCCCUGACAGUAUCUCCCACGCCGGUGGUGUUUUGUUUUGCCUUUUUUUUUUUUUUUCCAUUUCGAGUCUCUUUUUUUUUCUUUUGUUAUUACUACUACUUUUUUAUUUUUAUUUUUUUUAUUUUUAGCGACAGCUCUCAAACCUACUUUGGGGUCUUAAAACGAAAGCGUACACCAUUUCACUGUGGACAUUACACCCUCUUACAGAUAUGGGAGACAUGGGAGACCCACCAAAAAAAAAACGCCUGAUUUCCCUAUGUGUUGGUUGCGGCAAUCAAAUUCACGAUCAGUAUAUUCUGAGGGUUUCUCCGGAUUUGGAAUGGCAUGCGGCGUGUUUGAAGUGUGCAGAGUGUAAUCAGUAUUUGGACGAGACCUGUACGUGCUUUGUUAGGGAUGGCAAAACCUACUGUAAAAGAGAUUAUAUCAGGUUAUACGGCAUCAAGUGCGCCAAGUGCAGCAUCGGCUUCAGCAAGAAUGACUUCGUGAUGCGCGCCCGCGCCAAGGUGUACCACAUCGAGUGUUUCCGCUGCGUGGCCUGCAGCCGCCAGCUCAUCCCCGGCGAUGAAUUCGCGCUGCGGGAGGACGGCCUCUUCUGCCGGGCGGACCAUGACGUGGUGGAGCGGGCCAGCCUGGGCGCCGGGGAUCCCCUCAGCCCCCUGCACCCCGCCCGACCGCUGCAGAUGGCAGAACCUAUCUCUGCUAGACAGCCAGCUCUGCGACCCCACGUCCACAAGCAGCCCGAGAAGACCACCCGAGUCCGGACUGUCCUUAAUGAAAAACAGCUUCACACCUUGAGGACCUGCUACGCUGCCAACCCCAGACCUGAUGCACUCAUGAAAGAGCAACUGGUAGAAAUGACUGGCCUCAGCCCGAGGGUCAUCAGGGUUUGGUUUCAAAACAAGCGGUGCAAGGACAAAAAGAGGAGCAUUAUGAUGAAGCAACUUCAGCAGCAGCAACCCAAUGACAAAACUAAUAUCCAGGGGAUGACAGGAACUCCGAUGGUGGCUGCUAGUCCGGAGAGACAUGACGGUGGUUUACAGGCGAACCCGGUGGAGGUGCAGAGUUACCAGCCGCCCUGGAAAGUACUGAGUGACUUCGCUUUGCAGAGUGACAUAGACCAACCUGCUUUUCAGCAACUAGUUAAUUUUUCAGAAGGAGGACCCGGUUCCAAUUCUACUGGAAGUGAAGUAGCAUCAAUGUCCUCUCAGCUGCCAGAUACGCCCAACAGCAUGGUAGCCAGUCCUAUCGAGGCAUGAGGAACAUUCAUUCAGAUUUCUCUUGUUGUUUCUGCCCUUACCCUCACCCCUGUUGGAAAGAGUGGGAAAGUGAUCACGUUGGGACUCCGAAAUUUAGGGGAAAAAAAGUGUUUAACAACCCUGUAAGGAACCUAGCAAGGAACUGCUCCAUGAAAUGAACGGAGUCAUGUUUGAAAAGACAAGGUAAUAUGGUAGCAACACUGUGAAGACAAUCAUGGGAUCUUACUAGAAUAAAAAAAAAAAGAAAAAAAAAGAAAAAAAAAAACACAAAAAA